ACAACAAAACCUUUUCCUCUUUUCUUUCUCCUGCUGUCUUUUGUGUGUAUCUAUUCUCAUUCUAUAAUUGUACUUUACAAUAGUUCUUGUUCUAAUAUAAGGGUUUCUUUAAUGUGAAAAAGACUUGUUUUUUUCUUCCAAUAAAAAGCCAUUCACUUGGGUGCUCUUUUUUCACUUCAAAGUUUUCAACUUUCUUCAAUUUUAGAGUGACAACUUUUGCUUAAAAGAAAGAAAUGUAUGCAGAAAGUGGGCUAAUUUUCCCUUAUUUUCAGAGUUUCUCUCCUGAUGUUCAACAAUUUGAUGAUUUCUGUUACUCACCCAAAUCCAAUUCUUGCUUGGAUAGUAUGGUUCAGAGCUCUAAUAUAUCAGAUUAUGAUCUUGGGGUUGAAGGGGAUCUUUUCAAAGCACCAGAACCAAUAGUUGACCAACCAUUGACCACUCUUGACCCCAUGACUGCUGCCAUGGCAAUGAUCUCUUGUGGAGAAGAAAACAUUUCUUCACAAGAUCUCAAUGUUACUGAUAUUGAAUCACUUCAAAAUGAGAACUUUUUAAAUGAUGUUUUCCAUGAAUAUAAAGAUAUCCUGGAGAUUGGAGAAACUGAAACAUCACCACUCUCGGAGGUUUUGAAUUAUAAGUUCCCUGUCAAAACAGAUGAGAGUUUUGUUGUGAAAGAAAAUGUUCAUCCUCCUGGACAAAUCCCGAAAAGUAUGAGCUCUGAUUGUUUAAGCUCAAAGGAGUGGAUUCAAGGGGCUCAAAUUAAUCCUAGUUUUCCAAAUAUUACUGAAGUGGACUUUGGAAAUAUUUAUGGAAUGCGAAGGGCGUUCAGUGAAGGAGACAUAAAGACUCUUGCUAAUGGAAAUGGAGGCCAUAGGCAGCCGUCUCUUAGGCAGCCACAACUCAUUAGUGAACACACCACUGAAGACCGCUGGCAGAAGCUCUCAAGAUACAGGAGUAAGAAGACGAAGAGGAAUUUUGGUAGAAAAAUUAAGUAUGCAUGUAGGAAGGCAUUAGCAGACAGUCAACCAAGGAUCAGGGGAAGGUUUGCAAAGACAGAGUGAAAUCAUGACAAAAGCAAUGUAGAAAAACUAUGUAGGAAUGAUUAUAUGAAUAUGAAGUAGUCGGGCCUGGCCAAAGUUAAAAGUCGGGUUUUACUAAAUAAGCGUUCGUAUUGUAUGGUAUCUUAUUAGAAGAUGCAAUAAUGUUGUAGUUCAUGUACAUUCCAAAUGUUGAAUCCAUGUAUGUAACUUUGUAUACAGUUGGUUCUUUAAAUUCUACUAGUUUUGUUGAGUAAA